CCUCCUCCGCUCCGGGCCAGCGCGGCGGCGGUGGUGGCAGCAGCAGCAGCAGCCCCGGCUGCGGGUCGCGACGGCGGCGGGGCGCCCCCUCCCCCGUGCCGGGGCGCGGCGAAGGGAUGUGGGGCUUUGCGGGAGGAAGGCUUUUCGGCAUCUUCUCGGCCCCGGUGCUGGUGGCGGUGGUUUGCUGCGCCCAGAGCGUAAACGACCCCGGGAACAUGUCCUUUGUGAAGGAGACGGUCGACAAGCUGUUGAAAGGCUACGACAUUCGUCUGAGACCCGACUUCGGGGGUCCCCCAGUCUGCGUGGGGAUGAACAUCGACAUCGCCAGCAUCGACAUGGUUUCUGAAGUCAACAUGGAUUAUACCUUAACUAUGUAUUUUCAACAAUAUUGGAGAGAUAAAAGGCUCGCCUAUUCUGGGAUCCCUCUCAACCUCACGCUUGACAAUCGAGUGGCUGACCAGCUCUGGGUGCCCGACACAUAUUUCUUAAAUGACAAAAAGUCAUUUGUGCACGGAGUGACAGUGAAAAACCGCAUGAUCCGCCUCCACCCUGAUGGGACAGUGCUGUAUGGGCUAAGGAUCACCACCACGGCAGCAUGCAUGAUGGACCUCAGAAGAUACCCACUGGAUGAGCAAAACUGCACCCUGGAAAUUGAAAGCUAUGGCUACACCACGGAUGACAUUGAAUUUUACUGGCGUGGCGGGGACAAGGCUGUCACUGGCGUGGAAAGGAUCGAGCUCCCACAGUUCUCCAUUGUGGAGCACCGUCUGGUCUCCAGGAAUGUUGUCUUCGCCACAGGUGCCUAUCCUCGACUCUCAUUGAGUUUUCGGUUGAAGAGAAACAUUGGUUACUUCAUUCUUCAGACGUAUAUGCCCUCAAUACUGAUCACAAUCCUCUCCUGGGUGUCCUUCUGGAUCAAUUAUGACGCAUCUGCUGCUCGAGUUGCCCUUGGGAUCACCACCGUGCUCACCAUGACAACCAUCAACACUCACCUUCGGGAGACUCUGCCCAAAAUCCCCUAUGUCAAAGCCAUCGACAUGUACCUGAUGGGCUGCUUUGUCUUUGUAUUCCUGGCCCUUCUGGAGUAUGCCUUUGUCAACUACAUUUUCUUUGGAAGAGGUCCCCAAAGGCAGAAGAAGCUUGCAGAAAAGACGGCCAAAGCCAAGAAUGACCGCUCCAAGAGUGAAAGCAACCGGGUGGAUGCUCAUGGGAAUAUCCUAUUAACAUCGCUGGAGGUUCACAAUGAAAUGAAUGAGGUUGCAGGCAGCGUUGGUGACACCAGGAAUUCAGCAAUAUCCUUUGACAACUCAGGAAUCCAGUAUAGGAAACAGAGCAUGCCCAGAGAAGGGCAUGGGCGGUACAUGGGAGACAGAAGCAUCCCGCACAAGAAGACCCAUUUACGGAGGAGGUCUUCGCAGCUCAAAAUCAAAAUCCCUGAUCUAACCGAUGUGAAUGCCAUAGACAGAUGGUCCCGGAUCGUGUUUCCAUUCACCUUUUCUCUUUUCAACUUAGUUUACUGGCUGUACUAUGUUAACUGAGUGACUGUACUUGAUUUUUCAAAGACUUCAUUUAACACUGAGUGAAAUAUUACCCUGCCUGUCAAGUUUUUAUACCAAUACACACAUACACACACAUACACACAUACACACACACACAACUGUAUAUAUAUAUGUGAACUUUCUCAGCAUAUAUAUAAAAUACACGUGUAUAUGGGGAUGUAUGUGUAUGUGUUUAUAUACACAGGUGUGAGUAUCUGUGUAUGUAAAACAAAUACACAUACAUACCAUAAAUUUUGCAACUAUGGACAAUUUAACACAGGAUGCAUAUUAAAGAAAGUCAUAGCUUUUUUUCUUUUUUAAUUGAAAGGGACAAGUAUCUAAAUAUUAUGCCUCAAGAAUGAGGGCGUGAAACACAGUCAUCCCAAAGUGUGUCUUUUAUUAUCAUAAGUUAGAUAUUUUCUCUUAAAAGCCAGAAAGGAAUUCUUAGUUAAUCUUGGGGAACUCCCACAGUGGUAGUUGUACACCUCAUAUCCUCUCUUUCAGUUUGCAGCCAAGGCUUGUUGGCUUCUAUGUGAUGGGCUUGUUUCAUCAGGUAUGCUUCUCUGUAGUGGGUGAGCACAUGAGGUGAGUCUGGCAGUGCUCUUACCUGGUUCUUCCUGGUAGGUAGCUCCCAUGCUCAUGUCUGAAUGUCCAUUUCUUGAAAACUCACUGGGAGUAAACUGUGUCCCAUUGUAAGUACUCCAUGGCCCUGUACAUGUGGGGGAUUUCUGUUAACAUUAAGUGGGUCCAGCUUAACUGUCUUGUGGGAACACAAUGGCACAUUUUGAUAAUGAAAUUCAAUCACUAAAAAUGUGCUCUAUAUCUUGUCCAGAUUUCUAGGUCUGCUAUUUAACUGGAAGCAUAGACGUCUCAGGUUCUUUGUUACUCUAAGGUAAAAUCAUCUAGAGUGAUUCCCCCUUGCAGUUAUGUUCUCAUUCUUAUAACAUUGUAUGUUAAUAGAAAUAUAUUUGCAUAAUAUGCAUACAUAUGUAUAUUACCAAGAUUUUGUUUCUUCUGCUUGCUAUCAUGGCAGCAUGCAACGUCAUAUUUUUCAUUCUGUGAUGUAACUACUUUCUGUCUCUAGAAAUUAAGAUGGAAUCUAAAAUGUUUCUACUGUUCACUUUUGGAAACUUAAGAAACAUCCUCACAGCCUUUAUUUCCAUACUGACAUGUCUCAUAAGCACACCCAACUCCUCCUAGACUGACUAGGACUCUGCAGGAACACGACCAGUACACACCAUGAUCACGCAACACCCCAUGACCGUUCCUGAGGCAAGGAGGACAACCUGACACAAACACAGUCUCUUUUGGUUCCUUCUGAUCCACAGCCUCAUCAGUAUUUGGACUUUUUAAAGCUCGUAGAAAUAAGACAAGGUGCACCGGUUUCAUAGACGCAACCUUAACUUACUAUUUAGAUGAGCUCUUUCUAAAGAAAAACAAAGAUGAUAUAUUUUUUGUAAACUAUUUCUAUCACAGGCAUCCAUAAACCGACUGCAGUUGUGUAAACAGGUGUCACAGCGAAGCAUUUGGAAGACAGGAUAAAAAGCAAAACAUGCAGUAAAGAACUGCUAAAUUAAUAACCCCAAGCCCCACACAUAUGUCACCCUCAAAUCUGGCACCAUUGUUUACCAUGCAGGCAGCAGCACCUCCCUCCCCAGGAUGCGUGUGGUGUGGACUGCCACCAUGGACUGAUGCUACUUGAUUACUUGGUAGCUAUAGCAAUCUUUAAUAUGUGGGAGUCUGACUGUUGAAAACCCAGCAGUAGAUAAAAGCUUCAUCCACAAGAUCUCACGUUAGGGACAGUUGCUGAAUUUUAUGCCCUUUGCCUCCUCCCUUCUUGUCUACGAAGUUUUCUUCCAAUUACUGCUCUUUGGCUUUAUUUUCUGUCUGGAGAUAAGCCUGUGAAUUUUGGCCUUUGGCUUUUCUCUGGAAAUUUUCUUUUUAAUGGGUAACAGUGGGAGGAGGCAAAAAGUUAAACAGAUUUGAAAAAAAAAAUUCCUGUAAGUGGCCUUAUCAUUGUAACAUGUUAAAGAAAAACAAAUGUUUGCAAAGACCUUUUCCCUUUCAAUACUUCAGGCAUCUCUGUGUAUCCUGUAACUCAAGACGUGAGUGCCACAUGUAGAAGAGGGAGCCCAAGAUGCAAGCACUGUGGCAGAAGGAGUCAGUGACUGAUAACUUAUCAUACUAAGAACUGUGACUUUUUUCUGGGAGAAAAGUGACUCAAAACUUUUUUGAUGCAUAAUUGAGAUACCCACAUAUCAGAGGCAGAGACUCCACAGGGCUCAGAAGAGCAGCAGUGCACUCUCUGGGAAUCUCUGGAUAUAAAUUUGCAUGGUGUAGUCAUAAUAGCUUUUGAGCUUUUUAUAUGCAUUUGGCACCAAGACUGGGAUCCACAACUUUAUAGACACUGCAAUGAAGUUACCAUAGUAGCUAGACUCUAAGUAGCAUUUGUAAUUACACACACAGACACACACACACAGACAGACAGACAGACAGACACACACACACACAUACACACACAUACAAAUACAUACAUGUAUUCUGUAAAAAAAAAAAUCAUUUUUAAGAUCCUUGGGUAUGUGUUUGCUUUACUUCAUUUCAGAAGAAAAAUACUUUUCUCCUAAUAAAUUAUUUUAUGGCUUCUCUAUUUUUUAAAGCUGUGAGAAGUGUUAAGACGAGAACUCUGGCUGUUCUAGCAGAAGAGUGGGAUCUGAUCCCUGUUCUAGGAAAGUAACCUCUCGUCACUUUACAGUAGCCGUUUGAGCCAGUGAGUGAGUGCACAAAGGAAAUCCACCAGGACCUCUGAUGGGAGGUGGCUGUUACCCAUGCCUAGAGCUCUUAAGAACAGAAAACUUAAUUUCUCAUCAACUCAAUAAACCAUUAAUUUUCUCAGUAGUACUGUCUUUCCAAAAUGAAAUGUUUCGCAGAGAGCUCAUGGUGUUGAUGCCUUGAUGACAGCCCUUUAUUAGUCAUUGUCAGAUAUGUCUGUGACAACUCAAGAGCCCUCCUCCAUCAAUCCCAGCAGAGAAAGACUGACCAGAGUGGAACCAUCUUUAAAACAAAAGUCACUCCUGCUCACCAGCCCCAGGACUGUUGAGGGGUUGUGAUGUCAAUGUCAUGGCCCACUCAGUGCCCCUGAAUCUCUGACGAACUAGAAAGUAGAUCAUAAUAAUAUCCCCAUUAGGCUUUAAGUGACAUGUCCAUUUAUAGAAUUGUGUGUUUUGAUGCUAACAUGGGGACAUCUUCAGUUGUUCCCACCAAAACCACCUCUCUUUUUUUGAAAUGUGGAGUUGACAAUUUUGCCAAUGAGAUGAUCUCAGAGGAGACGGGCACCUUGCAGUUGUAGGUGUGUGCCCCAUGUGAACACAUUCUGAAAAGAUGUGUCCAGUUUUGAACCUCCUUACUUAAAAGCAUAAAUCUACUAAAAUUCAUAUUUUAGCCCUCCACCUGAAAAUGAGUUCACAUUUCUGGCCAUUUUCUGUAAGCCAACUGAACCACUGGUAAACUAUUUUGUGACUCUUGGAACGAAUGCUGGCUUUCAUGUCAGUGUGAACUUUCCUUCAGUGUAACGUUGACUCUUGGGGCAAAGAACCACCCUGGUGGAGAAAAUUUCCCAGGACACUGGCGAGUGUGCCUUGGACUGAUUACCUCUUCUACUGCAUUGAAAGGUGCCAUGUUUUCCUGAAUGACUAACUCCCCCUUACCUUGUAACAGUGACCUCCCAGAGUGGCUCACACACCAUACCUCUCCUAGGGAUGGCCCACAAACAUGUCAUUCAUGACUCAUUUUUCUACUUCCCAAGUCAGUAGAUGUGUUCAAGGUAAGUACAGGAUUGUUCUAGUAGGAAUAGGCGGUUGCUGUCCUGAUUGAGAGCCACGUUGAUUUCAUUUCAUUGUAAAGAUAAACUUAAACCUGGUUUUGCUUAAGCACAUUGGUGUAAUUUUUUGGUAUUAUUUGACGUGAAAAAAAAAACAGCAAAAUUGAGUGACAGAUACAAUAUGAAACUUGUUGAAUGAAUUCAAAUUUAUUAAAAAAGGACUAACUGACAAAUGUGAA